ACUUGACAGCAGGAGCACAGUGCACGGUCCUCCUCCUUAGUUGCAGCCUACAAUUCAAGUGUGCACCGGGAAAAAAAACAUGAUAAGAGGGAUGCCAGGACAGUGAAUCUAGGAAGCAAAACCAUAGUAACACAUAAAGGAUUUUAGAAUGGAAAAAACUGGAGUUCUUUUGGUCUUGAAACAAGUGGAGCGUGUGUUUUUGUUUUUGUUGAUGUUUUUUUCUCAUCACAAUGUGUGAGGGAAGGAUGUGGGUCGGAUGCCAGUUUGUUUUUCGUUACGGAUAUAAAGACUGGCAAGUUAUCAGCAUGAAUUACCAAGGGAAGAAAAAACUGAUAUCAAUGUUAAAUUUGACUCCGGAGGGAGGACCAUGGCGAAAAGGAAGGGACUGUUAUUUUCACUGCUUUACUUGAUGGCAGAGUUUUGGCUCAGUUCUGCGCAAGUCCUGAGAAUUGGGGGCAUCUUUGAGACACUCGAAAAUGAGCCCAUUAGUGUUGAAGAACUGGCCUUUAAAUUCGCCGUAACCAACAUAAACAGGAACCGGACCUUAAUGCCAAACACCACAUUGACCUAUGACAUCCAGAGGAUAAACUUGUUUGACAGUUUUGAGGCCUCAAGAAGAGCCUGCGACCAGCUGGCGUUGGGCGUCGGGGCAGUGUUCGGCCCCUCUCACAGCUCAUCUGUCAGUGCAGUCCAGUCCAUUUGUAACGCCCUAGAAGUCCCUCACAUCCAGACACGCUGGAAACACCCUUCAGUGGACAACAAAGACAACUUCUAUAUUAACCUCUAUCCUGAGUACGCCUCAAUAAGCCGAUCUGUGCUGGACAUAGUGCAGUAUUACAAGUGGAAGACAGUCACUGUUGUAUAUGAGGAUGCAACUGGACUGAUCCGUUUGCAAGAACUGAUCAAAGCUCCAUCCAGAUACAGCAUUAAAAUCAAAAUCCGUCAGCUGCCGACAGGAAGCAAAGAUGCCCGCCCUCUGUUGAAAGAGAUGAAGAAGGGGAAGGAGUUCUAUGUCAUAUUUGACUGCUCGUACCAGACGUCAGCUGAUGUUCUAAAGCAGAUCUUGUCCAUGGGGAUGAUGACUGAAUAUUACCACUUCUUCUUCACCACACUGGACCUUUUUGCCCUCGACCUGGAGCCGUAUCGCUACAGCGGGGUCAACAUGACUGGUUUCAGACUCCUGAACAUUGACAACCCUCAGGUGGCCUCGGUGGUGGAGAGAUGGGCCAUGGAGCGACUGCAGGCUCCUGCCAAAGCCGAGACCGGAAUGAUGGAGGGAAUGAUGACAACUGAAGCAGCUCUGAUGUAUGACGCUGUCUACAUGGUGGCUGCCGCUUCACAACGCGCCUCCCAGAUCACUGUCAGCUCCCUUCAGUGCCACCGACACAAACCUUGGCGCUUUGGAUCACGCUUCAUGAACAUGCUCAAAGAUGCGCAGUGGAAUGGCUUGACGGGACAAAUCAUUAUAAACAAGACGGACGGCCUGAGGAAAGAAUUUGAUUUAGAUGUCAUCAGCCUGAAGGAGGACGGCUUGGAGAAGACAAUCGCGGGCAACAACCGCCUGAAUAAAGUGUGGAAAAAGAUCGGUGUCUGGAAUUCCCAAACAGGCCUUAACUUGACGGAAACUAACAAGGACUCUUCUACAAACGUCACCGACUCCAUGGCCAACCGGACGCUCAUUGUCACGACUAUUCUGGAAAAUCCUUAUGUCAUGUACAAGAAAUCUGAUAAACCACUGUAUGGAAAUGACCGUUUUGAAGGCUACUGCCUGGACCUGCUGAAAGAGCUGUCCAACAUUUUGGGCUUCUCUUAUGAGGUAAAACUGGUCUCUGAUGGCAAAUACGGAGCUCAAAACGACAAGGGGGAGUGGAACGGCAUGGUGCGAGAGCUCAUUGAUCAUGUGGCUGAUCUGGCCGUGGCUCCUCUCACGAUUACCUAUGUGAGGGAAAAGGUGAUCGAUUUCUCAAAGCCCUUCAUGACACUUGGGAUCAGCAUCCUCUACCAUAAACCCAACGGCACCAAUCCAGGGGUGUUUUCCUUCCUCAACCCACUGUCUCCUGAUAUCUGGAUGUAUGUGCUACUGGCCUGUCUGGGUGUCAGCUGUGUGCUUUUUGUCAUUGCCAGGUUCACUCCCUAUGAAUGGUACAACCCUCAUCCCUGCAACCCGGACUCAGAUGUAGUUGAAAAUAACUUUACUCUGAUAAACAGUGUAUGGUUUGGAGUUGGAGCCCUGAUGCAGCAAGGAUCUGAGCUGAUGCCCAAGGCCCUCUCUACGAGGAUAGUUGGUGGGAUAUGGUGGUUCUUUACGCUAAUCAUAAUCUCCUCAUACACUGCCAACUUGGCUGCUUUCCUCACUGUGGAGAGGAUGGACUCACCGAUUGACUCUGCUGAUGACUUGGCCAAACAAACGAAAAUAGAGUACGGUGCUGUGAGAGACGGCUCCACAAUGACAUUUUUUAAGAAAUCUAAGAUAUCAACUUACGAGAAAAUGUGGGCAUUCAUGAGCAGCAGGAAAAACACAGCCCUGGUGAAAAACAAUCGGGAGGGGAUCCAGAGGGUCCUCACCACAGAUUACGCUCUUCUGAUGGAGUCAACCAGCAUCGAGUACAUCAGCCAGCGUAAUUGCAACCUCACACAGAUCGGAGGAUUGAUAGAUUCCAAGGGCUACGGUGUUGGAACCCCAAUUGGCUCCCCUUACAGAGACAAGGUCACCAUCGCCAUCUUGCAGCUGCAGGAGGAAGGCAAACUUCACAUGAUGAAGGAAAAGUGGUGGAGAGGUAACGGUUGUCCAGAAGAGGACAGUAAAGAAGCCAGCGCUUUGGGUGUGGAGAACAUAGGAGGUAUCUUCAUCGUGCUGGCGGCCGGACUUGUCCUCUCAGUCUUUGUAGCAAUCGGAGAGUUUAUUUACAAAUCCAGAAAAAACUUGGACAUUGAGGAGGUGAGUGUUGGCCAGUGCGAGUGGCACAACAAGUACUAACACACUACGGGACGAAAUCAAAGACCUGUCACGAACCUAAUACACAUUUUAGCAUCGUCAUCGUCGUCUUCGGAGGUCUACACUUAUCACUGGACCAACAACAGUUUGAAGUCUGAAUGUGUGGAACUGCAUUGUUACAAUCAAAACAAAAGACUUUUUAAUCGCGGAGUGAAUUUAGUGUUUUGAGUAGUUUUGACGUAGAGCGCAUAAACAGUUUAGUCUUAAUUGGGAGAAAACAUUUUUAAUAAACCCUUUUUAUGAUGAUGGAUGGUUGUCGACUUCUGACGUCAUGACACUUGACCAUCUUGGCCUUUGCUGUUUUUUGCAACAAAACAAAACAAGAAAUAUAACAUUGUUCUGUGUGAAACGUCUCAUUGUUAUGCCAUGAUAUGAUAUUGUGGGUAAGUAAUGUUUAAGUGGUAUUUUUAUUUUUAUUUUUUUUUUAAGGCUUGUUUGCCAUUUAAAUAUCAACAACUGCAGUAGGUUUGAGAGUAAUCUGUUAUCACACGGUAUGUUUGCAAUUUUCAUAUUUAUAGCGCACACGAACUUUGACGUAACAACACUACUUCUUACCACUUUUAUAUGUACUUAUGUAUUUCAACAAAAUCUUUUGAUUUAUUUAAUGACUGUUGUUUCAGAUUUGUUAUGAACGAGUGCUCCCUCAAGAAUUAUUCAUCGAAUCGCUUAAUGUCUCUAUGUUUUGUAUCAUAUAACGUCCAUGAACAAGCCUGUAUAUGUUUUGUCAUGUUGGAUUUGUUUCAGAAUGACUAAAGUUAUGUGAGAACAUUG